AUGUAUGAUUUGCUUCAAAUAUUGGUACUGAGCUACUGGAUUGGAAAGCCCUUUGGAACCAAGGUUUUUAGCAACAAGGGUGGUUUUAUUUACUUGUUAGCUCCAACUCCUGAAUUGUGGGCUUUGGUUCCAAGUCACAGGAUCCAGAUUCUCUAUAUUGCUGAUAUUAGCCUUGUCAUCAUGUACUUGGAAAUAGUUUCUGGUUGUUUGGUUCUGGAAUCUGGGACUGGAAGUGGAUCUUUAACUACAUCACUUGCAAGGGCCAUUGCUCCUACAGGGCACGUCUACUCAUUUGAUUUUCAUGAAUAA